AUGUCUCUUCUUCUGCCCCUGUUCCUGCUCCUGCUCCUGCCGGCCUGGGGAUGUGCCAGGGAGGAACCCCAGAAACUUUGUGCCCACAACUUCAUCAGGGCCCUUGUCCGGGCCUGUGGCAGCCCCCGCUGGACCCUCCCUGAUGGAAGGCAGGGCACCAGUGGUGACCGAGAAAUACUUCAGUGGCUGCAGAACAGACCCUUCUGGGGACUGGCACCAGAUGUCAAUGUGGACGAGAACAUGGACGUGGGACUAAUGCUGAGGCCUGGCCUGGUUGCAGGUGUGGAGGGGCCAGAGCCUCUCUUUGGCACCCAGAGGGCCCAACGCUGGCGAAGAACCCUCAGUCCUGCCAAACAUUGUUGUAGCAAUGGCUGCACCAAGCAAGACCUGCUGGCUUUCUGUCCCCAUUAG